UUAAUCAGCCAACAUUUUUUUUUUCGAUUUUCGGAGGUCAAUUGAGAAUUCAUUAGACAAACGACAAUGUCAGAACUCGUUAAAGUCAUUGUCCGGUGUAGACCGAAAAAUGAGAAGGAAGAAAAAAUGAAAUGCCAGGGCAUCGUUCGAAUCGAUGAAGGGUGCAAAGUUUACCUCGAAAAUCCUUCAGAUAAGAAAGCACCAGAAAAGCAAUUUGUUUUUGACAGUGCUUAUGAUGGAACAUCAUCAAAUGACAUAAUUUACGGUGACAUUUGCUAUUCACUCGUCGAGAGUGUUCUGGAAGGUUACAACAGCACGAUAUUUGCUUAUGGCCAAACUGGAUGUGGCAAAAGUCAUACAAUGCAGGGACCAACAUUAUCAAAGCUUGUUGAAGGAAAUUCUGUUGAUCCAACAAGCUUAAAGUCGUCCAAGAAUAAUGGAAUUAUCUCGAAUGCUUUUGAUCAUCUUUUUGAAGCAAUAAGCGUUGCACAUGAUGUGCGAUAUCUCGUUGUUUGCAGUUAUCUGGAGAUUUACAAUGAAAACAUUCGCGAUUUAUUGAAUAAUGAUACACAAAACAACCUCAAAUUGAAAGAAAAUCCUACGGAAGGUGUCAUCGUUGAGUCAUUGAGUCGACAUCCGGUGCACAAUGUCAGUGAGUGUGAACAGCUUUUACUGUUUGGAGCGAAAAAUCGAAAAACCGGUGCCACAUUGAUGAACGCUGGAAGUUCUCGAUCACACUCAAUAUUUAUCAUCAACGUCGAGCAAAUUUCGAAGGAACAAAAUGAACAUGGAGAAGAAGAAAGUUGCAUGAUUCGAAAGGGAAAACUGAAUCUUGUUGAUCUGGCGGGAUCGGAACGUGCAAAUAAAACUGGCGCGUGUGGUGAAAGAAUGAAAGAAGCGACAAAAAUUAAUUUGUCGUUGUCAGCACUUGGAAAUGUCAUCUCAGCUUUAGUUGAUGGAAAGACCAAACAUGUACCUUAUCGUGACUCAAAACUUACAAGACUUCUUCAAGAUUCUUUAGGUGGAAACACAAAAACUUUGAUGGUUGCUUGCAUUUCACCUGCCGACUACAACUAUGAGGAAACUUUAUCAACUUUACGUUAUGCUUCACGAGCUAAAAACAUCGCAAAUAAACCGAAAAUCAAUGAAGACCCCAAAGAUGCGAUGCUUCGUGAAUAUCAAAAUGAAAUUUCGAUGCUUCGAAAGAUGCUUGAGAAAAGUGGUGGAAAUAUUGACGACAAUAUCGUUGACAACAACAUCGACAUUCAAGAACAACUUCAACAAGAAAAGUUGAAGAUUGAAAAGGAAUUCGAAGAAAAAGCGCAAAUGUUACGAAUGGAUCACGAGAAACAAAAAAGGGAAAAGGAAGAAUUAAUUCAAAGCAUGAACGAACUGAAAAAAGAAUACGAAGAGAAACUUCUUGAAGUUGCUGAAAGUGUCAAAGUGUCCGAAAUGAAUGCCAAGCCUUCUGAUGAUUCAAACGAUGAAACGAAGAUAACAGAUCGGAUACAAUCGAUCAAAGAUAUUUUGAUUGGUGGUGAGAGAGCAAACGACACACAAUUGAAGGAGAAAAGAUUUAAGAAGAAACUCGCAGCUCAAAAGAAAAAUAAUGCUUUAAGUAAUGUUUUGAAUCGCAUUGAACAAACGGAAGAUCGUGACUUACUUCAAGCACAUUACACUGACAUUCAUCAAGAGAUUGUCGCUAAGACAGAAAUUUUGAAGCAACAAAGACAAAAAAUUCGAAUCCUCGAACGUGAAAUUGUCGAUAUUCAGGGCGAAUUUCAACUUGAUCGUGCCGACUAUCUCGAGACAAUCCGACGCCUUGAAAAACGAAACAAAUUUUAUGAACAAUUCUUUGAGAAAAUAAGUCCAGUGUUGAAGCGCGAUGGUCGUGUAUGGAACAUUGAUUACAUUAAGUCUGAAUCGACAUGGGUUGAUGAUUUGAAGAAGUGGAAAAUUCCUGACAGUUUAAUUAUGCAUGUGAAACUACCACCAGCAACAUCAAACUCUACACGUACCCCAAGCAGUAAUGAAAGCAUCAAAAGUCGAGACAGCAACACGUCAUUAACCGCCCCGCCACGAUUGGAAUGCCUAAGCGACUCAUUAACAGGAACCGACGAUAAUAACAACAACGAAAAACAAAAGGACAUCGAUUCGGCUUUGACCUACUUUCGUCCCAAACGAAGCGAAAAAUUAAUGCAUCAAAUUCGUAGUUGUAAGGAUUUGUCGCAAACAACUUUGAAUUUUCGUAAGAACCAGAACCCUUACGACGACGGAUGCAUAAUGAACAAGACAUGGUUUGCUGGGGGAAAUUUCAUGAAGAAGGCACAAAGCCCUUGGAACAUCGCUUUGAAUGCAAAUUCUAAUACAAAACCAGUGUGGUAGCAAUGGAAGAGUUUCCUUGUCUACAUCAUCACUUCAAAAGUGUGCUGUGUGUAAUCGCGAAGCAAUCAACUCUGUUUUCUUAAUUUCAUUCCCUCACAAUAAUUCACUCACCUGUUGAUAAUUUUUUUUAAUGUUUUAAUUGAAUAUUAUUCAUUUUAUUGAAACAUGAUGUAACGAUGUUAACGUUGAGAAUAAAUAUGAAAGUUUUAUUUGUAGUGUUUUC